GUUUAUAAAAAGUCAAAAAAAUUCUUGAUUAACAGUUUGAAGUUUUAUCAACUUCAAGGAUAAAAACGUAGUUUUAUUGUUAAAAGGAUUUGUGUGUGAACUUGGACUCAUGGCAGUAGGAUUAAGCAUAACAAGGGAGCUAUACAAUGGCAAGAUGACAUGGUUUGUUCUUUUGUCUUUUAUGAUGGCUGCCAUGGGAGGAGUCAUUUUCAGCUAUGACAGUGGAAUUUCAGGUCUUUUUUUCUCUGCAAUAUCAAUCCUGAACAGGAUCUUUCCUGCAAAUUUUGCUCUUCUGCUCGUUUUUAGGUACUAUAAUUUAACCUUAUUUCGCUACACAAUGUGCCACAUAUAACUAGCCUAAAUAAGUUCAAUCAAAUCUGAAUUAAAUCCCAAAGUGUGCUGUGAAUUUGUAACACAAAUGAUAUUACUAGCUAGUCUCCAAUUUCUGCUUGGAUUUUAUGCGAUGACCAUGAAAAGUAAAGCAUGUAUAUAUACAUUGCUAGACUCCAUAUCUGUAACCUCAACAUCCAAGUAUCCAACCUCACAUGCUCCUAUCAAGUCUAUUUCAGAUAACAACAUCGUAAAAAACUCUUGCUUUGACUAUCCUACACUGAUGAUGUUGGUGGUGGUCUCUAUCAGUCAAGGAAGGCUGCUCUUUUUAUUCCCUAUAUACUAUCCACAACUUGGAAUAUCUCUUCCUCUCUUUGAACUUGUGGAGGAUUAAGCCAUGGCUGUAGGAUUUGCUGUAGCAAGUGAAGAUGGUCAGUAUAAUGGUAGGACUACUUCGUUUGUUAUCCUGUCUUGUAUGGUAGCAUCCAUGGGAGGACUUAUUUUUGGUUAUGACAUUGGAAUUUCAGGUGGAGUGACAUCCAUGAAACCUUUUCUCAAGAAAUUCUUCCCAGAAGUGUACACUAGAAUGAAGGAAGAUACCAGGAUUAGCAACUACUGCAAAUUCGAUAGCCAGCUUUUGACCUCCUUUACAUCAUCACUCUAUGUUGCUGGCCUUGUCGCUUCCUUCUUUGCCUCGUCAAUCACUCGAUACUUCGGGCGCAAACCAUCAAUCCUUGCAGGAGGUGCUGCAUUUCUUUCUGGUUCUGCCCUCAAUGGGGCAGCGACUACUCUGUACAUGCUAAUAUUUGGCCGUGUCCUUCUUGGAGUUGGAGUUGGUUUUGCAAACCAGGCGGUUCCCUUGUAUCUCUCUGAAAUGGCACCUCCAAGAUAUAGAGGGGCAAUCAACAAUGGCUUCCAACUCUGCAUCGCUAUUGGGGUGCUCUCGGCUAACUUCAUCAACUUUGGCACUGAGAAGAUUGAAGGUGGUUGGGGUUGGCGAAUCUCCCUAGCAAUGGCGGCAAUCCCUGCCACAUUCCUAACAAUAGGUUCACUUUUCCUACCAGAGACACCCAACAGCCUAAUUCAACGCUUCAACGACGAACAAAAGGCCAAAACCAUGCUACAACGCAUCCGUGGCACAACCGAUGUCGAAGCAGAAUUUAAUGAUCUUAUCAAAGCAAGCUUGGUUUCAAAAUCCAUUGAACAUCCAAUCAAGAAAAUCAUACAAAAAAAAUAUAGACCACAACUAGUCAUGGCAAUAGCAAUACCAUUUUUCCAACAAGUAACAGGCAUCAAUGUCAUUUCAUUCUACGCUCCAAUCCUCUUCCGAACUAUAGGUCUAAGCGAGAGUGUGUCGCUCAUCAUGUCUGCGCUGAUAGCUGGGGUCGUCGGCACUGCUUCAACGUUCCUAUCGAUGCUCGCAGUGGACAAACUUGGCAGAAGAGUAAUGCUCAUAUGCGGCGGUGUACAAAUGUUUGUGUCACAGAUUAUGAUUGGAAGUAUCAUGGCAGCUCAACUAGGUGAUCAUGGCAGCAUAAACAAAGGGUACGCUUAUUUUGUUCUGACUAUGAUAUCCAUAUAUGUAUCUGGCUUUGCUUGGUCAUGGGGUCCAUUGGGAUGGCUAGUUCCAAGUGAGAUUUUUCCUUUGGAAAUUCGAUCGGUAGGGCAAAGCAUUGUGGUGGCGGUGAAUUUCGUCUUCACUUUCGUUGUUGCACAGACAUUUCUGGCCAUGCUUUGCCAUUUCAAGUCAGGGAUUUUCUUCUUUUUUGGUGGAUGGGUGGCAGUGAUGACUGCCUUCGUGUAUUUGUUGUUGCCUGAGACUAAAAAAGUCCCGAUCGAGGUAAUGGAUAGAGUGUGGAGGGAGCAUUGGUUUUGGAAGAGAAUUGUAGAGGAAUUUGAUGACAAGAGUAAAAUGGAACCUGCUUGACUUCAACUCCACAAGAUUAUUUGUGCCUUGGCCUGUAGUUCUUGUCAAGAAAUGGAAACAUAUCCAUGCUUGAAUGUGUGAUCCUCUAGCCCACUUGGUUUGCAGAAAUGGAAAUGAGGAAAAGGCUUCUGCUUUCCGAGGGUGUCUGAUACCGUGGGUGGAGAAUGUUUUGAAAGUGUUAUUGGUUUGAAAAAUAGUACAUUGAUAUUUGUUUUUUGUUUUUUAAUGAUUUUAAUGUGUUAGUAUUUAUAAUAAUAUAAGAAUUAUUUUAAUGUA